AUGAACCAGACAACAAAAGUAUCUGUCAGGAGGGCGCCACGAGUGCGGCAGGCAAAAUUGAAGUCGGUGACGUUUACCGGAUGCUGGACAUGUAGGACUCGCAAAGUCAAAUGUGACGAGCGACAAGAGAAUGGAUGUGCGGCGUGUGAAAAAGCAAGAAUAGAUUGCGAAGGCUAUCGAGUCAAUCUUUGCUGGUUGACUGGGAAAAGCCAACAUCAAAAGGGUCUUCGGCGAAGGCAAAUGAAACUAGGUGCGCCCUGGAUGCCCAAUAUUGCUUAA